AGGUGACAGCAAAAAAUGGCUGGUGAAUUCAGCAAACGUGGAGGUGGUGUCCAGAAAAACUUCAAUUCGCCUCGAGGUGGUUCUGCGUCGCGUAGAGGAAAUCGCAAUAGAUUUUCCCCGCGUGGAGGUAGACGUGGUGGAAUAUCACCAAAAGGAGGUGGCGAUCAUGGUGAUUUGUCGAAUCGCGUUCGUGGUUCUGGAAAAGGUGGAGGUCGUGGUGGAAGGGGCAGUUGGGGUGAUCGUGGAAGAGGUGGACGUAGUAGAAAUGGUCAAGGACGAAAAGAGUUUUCUGGGAAUAAUAGAGGUGGUAUGGAUUUCAAAAAGCGAAUGAGCAUUGAUAACGACAGCAGAUUUGAACAAAAAUCAGCCGAAGGGAAGAAGAACGAAAACAAAUAUAAAAAGUCAAUGUCGGAACCAUCAACUCCAGCAACAAUGAAAUUUAAGAAAUACGAAAUGGACGCUGAACGUGACGAAGAUGAGGAAAUGAGCAUCUCAGACAUGGAGGAUGAUAAAAUAACUUCGGAAACACCUAAAAAAAUCGCUGCCGAUAUGACACCGAAACAAAAGAAGAAAAUACUCACGCAAAAAAAUGGCUCAAAAUUCGGACAGGUAAUGAAUGCCAAAGAUCUGGCAAAAAAGGGUACGCUUAAACGAGAAAAAGAUGUGGAAGGAGAUGAAGAACUUGUAACAAGUCGGAAGGUUAAGAAGGCCAAAAUGAUCAAAGUUGAAAGCGAGGAGGACGAUGGAGAAGAAAGUGAUGAUGAUGAAGAUGAGGAUGAGAGCAGUGACGAAGGUUCAGAAGAAAAAGGUGUUAAGAAGAACAUGAAUGGUGCUGCUGAAAUGAGUGAAUCAGACGAGGAUGAAGAUGAAGAUGAAGAAAGUUUGGAAGAUGAAGAUGAGGAGGAAGCACCUUCUGAAGUAAAACCAAAACUUGUUUCUACUCCUGGCAAUGUAGUGCCUUUAAAGAGCGCACUUAAAACUCCUGGUACUGGGAAAUCAAGCAAGAAAGUUUCACUUUCAGCCACAACCACAACUACUCCAGACAUGUUAUUAAAGAAUAAAACGCCGGUCACACCUCAUCCCCAAACAGUGUCGAGCAAAAAGAAGACGAAAAAACUGAAAUUUGAAGAAUCUGAUGAAAGCGAUGAGGAUGAAGAGAAUGAUGAUGAAGAGGCGGGAGAGAGAUUUGAGUUGGAUGAUAGGAGAAUGAAGAUGGUGAAGAAUGACGAUUCAGAGGACGAAGAUGAAGAAAUGACGGAUGACGAUGAAGAUGAAAGUGAUGAAGACAAAGAGGCAGCUAAUGCAAAGAGGGCGAUGAUAGAUAUCAAGACAAAGCGAGGAGUCAUCGAAGGGAUCCAAAACAAGAAGGAUAAUAUCAAUUUGAAAGAGCUUCAUAAUAAAAACGACAAAGGAACUGAGGAGAAAAAGUUGCCUUCGCUGGAACAGGCGAAUGCGAUAGCUAAUAAGGAUGAAACGAAAGGAGUGAAGAGGAAAUGUGAAGAUGGACCAGUGCUAAAGCUGGAGGAUGCAAAAGACGUGAUCAAAGAGGAACAGAAACGGCGUGAAGAGCGCGACAAGAAAUCAUUAUUUGUGCGAGGAUUACCCAAAGAUGUAAAAUUGGGGCAGUUAAAGGCCCUUCAUAAUGAUAUCCUCUAUGUGCGUCAUAUGCCGCAUCGCAACUUUGCAUGGUUAAUAUUCGCAAGCGAAAAACUUUGUGAGAAGGCCUACGAGGACAUAUCAAAACAAACUGUCGAAGGCCGAACAUUAAGUGUCGAUUUUUGUGGAGCAAAGGCAAAAACGCGCCCUCAAAAGGAUAGAAGUCAGUUGCCCAUCAAUCCCCUAGAGUUGUUUGUUGGCGGCUUACCACCGUCAACAUCCAAAGAUCAAAUGAAAGUUAUCUUCCGACAGGCAACCAAUAUCACCUUCCCAAAGCAAGCUAGAAAUAAGAACAAACUAUAUUGUUUCGUACAAUUCGGUAAUGAAAAGGAAGCGAGAGCAGCAUUCGAAAAAGGAAAGACGUUAAAGAUUAGCGGUGCACCGGUUGACGUCCUGUAUGCUCGGAUACGCAAAGGGAUAACAAAUGAGAUAAAGCUACCGAAAUCGAACAAGGUUCCCAAUUUGUCGAAUGGCAUGACAACAAAGUCGGAUAUAAAGAAUUCAUCAAAAAUAAAUGAAGUAAAUGGCGAUACGACCAGCGAAGGAAUUGAGUCCUCGGAAGAAGGAAUUGAGGAAGUGGACGACUGUUCAGUUUCAAAGCCCAAGAAAGCAAAGCUGGCUAAAGCAAACAGUCCUAAAAUUGUGCAUAAAACUGAAUCAUUGAAGCAAAAAAAUACUGAAACGAAGUGUGCAGCAGUAUCUAAAAAAUCGAAGUUGAAAGGUAUCAGUGGAAAAAUAUUGUCUGGACAAGGCAAAACUAAUUUAGAGAGCGACAAGCUGACUACCGAUAAAGACGAGAAGGAUAAAAAUACUGAUGGUGAUGAUGACGAUGAAGAUGAUGAUAAUGACAGUGAUAAUGUUGAUGUUGAUAAUGACAACGAUGAUGAUGAGGAGGAGGAUGAGGAUGAGGAUGAAGAUGAAGAUGAGGAUGAUGACGAUGAAGAAGAUGAUGAGGAAGAUGAGGAAGUCGAUGGAAAUAUGGAAGAUAGUGACGAAAGCGACUAAGUGGCAGCAUUCGUAACCAUGAGAGUGAAAUAUGAAAGUACUACUCUCUAAUAUAUUUGGUUUGUCAGAAUUUCAGUUUAGUGAAAAAAAACGAUAUGGGAUUGAUUGAGUACUGCAAUGAUAGAAUGCGUUUUUAAAACUAGAUGAAAUAAAGGUCACUUCAUUUUAGCUCCCUAGAAUUUUGAUGUAAUCGGUUUUGAUUUUGGUAUGUAAUAUAUAGUUAGAAAAGGGGGAAGAUUUUUCUAUGGAUUUUGUUCCAAUGAGAUUUGAUCAUAUCCUUUGCUCGCUUUGUCGCUCCAUCUUACAUCAUCCUUAAAUCAACUGUUGAGUAAUUGCUGAUUGUUUCAAGAACGUUGUUUUUCAUUUAUAUUACGUGAUAAUUUGUCAUAUUUUUGUUGCUGCAUGUUGAAGAUAGAUUUUGAUAUUCUGUUGAUGUUGAGCUCCUGUUCCUCUUGUUACGACAAAAUAAGGGAUUUUUCAUUUGUUGAUGACGGAUUCUAGAUGGAAUUCAGAUGGGCUGCCAGAUAUUUCGGGAUUUUACCUUUAUUAAUAAUGUUGAGUGUUUCAUGAGCCCAUUUCCGAGUUUUAUGGAAUUGCGAGGUUUUAAGUAGAAAAAGAGAAGAAAUUGAUACGGAUUUCAUAACUA